AUGCCGGCGAAAGUCGCAACCAGGAGGGCACGGGAGGCCGCACCUCCCGGCGCUGGGGGGGCGCAGCCGCGGCGCGGGGCGGAAGGAGCAGCGGCUCCUCCCCGCAGAGCCGGAGCUGUGCGGUGCCCACCUCGUGCCCUUCCUCCAGUGCCAAGUGGAAGCCAAGAUGAAAUUCCACUCAGUCGUCCCAAAAAAAGGAAAUCCAAAGGAAAGACUCCAUUAGAUGGCAUUGUGCAAGCAGCGGUUCGUCGGCAGUCUGAAAGCAGCGAGCCCCUGACUCCUGAACCGCCUGAUGCCCCUCCUCAGAGGAAACGCAAGAAGAAGAAAGUACCUACUGAUUCUGAGACCUCUUUCACCCAGCAAAAUGUGGCAUCCCUAUUUCAGAAUGGAAACGGCAUGGAUGUCCCUGAAGCUGAAGGAACGGUGAUCCGCAAACAGAGAAAAAGAACAAAGAAACCUCGGCCAGCCGAAGUCAGCUCCAAUGAGCUGGAAGUGGAGGAGGAAGACAUCAUUGAAGAUGAGCAGAGAAAGAGCCCAGAUCAACAGCCUGUGUUUGCUGCUCCCACUGGAAUUAGUCAGCCUGUUAGCAAAGUGUUUGUUGAAAAAAAUCGGCGUUUUCAGGCAGCUGACCGUGCAGAAUUGAUUAAAACCACUGAAAAUAUCAAUGUACUUCUGGAUGUGAAGGCUUCGUGGACUACUAGAGAUGUUGCCCUCUCAGUGCACCGAAGUUUCAGGGUGUUGGGACUCUUCGCCCAUGGCUUCCUUGCUGGUUAUGCUGUAUGGAACAUCGUGGUUAUCUACAUUUUGGCAGGAAAUGAACUUUCCAUGGUUUCUAACCUGCUUGAGCAGUAUAAGACAAUAGCAUACCCAGCUCAAAGUUUGUUCUAUUUUUUGCUGUCUAUCAGUACAGUCUCAGCCUUUGACAGGAUUGACCUGGCAAAAGCAGCAGUUGCACUGAGGGGCUUUCUUACCCUAGACCCAGCAGCACUAGCUUCUUUCUUGUACUUUGCUGCUCUUAUCUUAUCCUUAAGCCAGCAGAUGACAUGUGACAGAAUCAAUCUCUACACACCACCUUCAGAAAAUGGCAGUAUCUGGACCGCAGGUACAGAGACAGAAAUUGUUCAUUCGUGGGUUGUGGUGAAUCUCGUAGUGUCUGUUCUAGUUGGGACAAGUUGGAUCUUUUUAAGUUCCCGGCCAGAGCUAGACCACAGUGAAGAAUUGAUGUUUCAUUCUGAAAUUGUGGAAUUUCCUCAUGGAGAUGUCAUACCCAGAGUUCAGCCAUGAGUGUGGAACAAGAAUUUGCAGAUAUUGUUGCUGUGACUCCUGGCUCAACAUACUGUGUAUUAUAGCUGUGUAUUAUAAUUUUCAUAAAGAAAGAAAUGUAUUUUUAUACUGUAUAUAUUUAAUGUUGAUCUUUUUAUGUAUGUUACAGUUUCCAAAUGUGAUUGAAAACUUUUAUACUUUUGCUUUUUGUUUUACAAAGCAGAUUAUCCCUAGUGCAUAAAGUCAAGGUGAUUUUGUAAAUACUGCUACCUACAUAGCCAAAGACACUAGAGGGAUGCAGAAGAUCAGGUGUUCAGUGCUUUUUUGACUGCUGUACAAUCUUCAACAACCUGCUUUUAUUAUUAAUGGAAACAGCAGUUAGCUUAUCUGAUUUGGUUAAACAUUUUCUAGAGAUUAAAAAAAAAAUCUUACAACAAAAUUAGUCUAUGGAAAAUGUAUAACAAAACAAAGCUAGGAAGCAUAAACCCCACCAAGUUAGUAAUCUUAAAAUAAUCUGCAUUUAUUUGUCAUAAAAUAUUUUUCUAGAAUAAAGGAUUAAAUUGUCAGGGAUUUUGUUUAAUAAUCCAUUAAAGAGGUCACUUUUUUAACCUUCAUUUAGUUCUCUUGGAAAAAAUCUUGAUGAUAACAAGUUCUUACAGGCUGAUGUAGAUACAAGACAAAGUUUUAAUGUUGCAACAGUUUGGUCAGUUAAAUACUUCUCACCAAACAGGAUGUAUCCAUGUCCUGUAAUUUCUCAACAGUCAGGAAGUGUAACUAUUCCAAAGCCACUCAAAAGUGUUCUGAUUUCUCCUUAUCUGGUGUGGCAAGCACAAUCAUUUUAUUCACUGCUCUUUCUGAACAAACUUGGAUUUCACAGAUGGUAAAAAUGUCCUUAUUCCUACCUGUUUUGGUGGAGAUGGUUUUCUGCCAUAUUGUUUUGUGUUAGGAUAGAAUGGGAAAUGUCUUCCUAAAGUUACCAGAAAAUGCUUAUUAAAUCAACCCAAAAAAGUCUGCAGCUACCCACCUCCUAUGCAGUGACAAAGCAGUAAUUGGGGCAGGUGGUGGGUUUUGCUGACGAGAAGCAACAUUCCUUUUCCUUUAUAUUAAAGUGGCAAAAUGGAAGCAUUGCAGAUGUGAAUAAAUACAGAUAUAUUGCAGGACAAAACAAUCUCCUUAGCAGAUACAGACAAGGUCUACUAGUUUCUAGUUUGAAACCAUUUAUCAAGAAAAUAUCACCUAAAGCCCAAAAUUUGUUUCUAUGUGUUACUUAAGAUAAAUUGACAUUGCCUUGCUUGAUUUAAUAUGUGUAUCUAGGGACGGUUGUAAAAGGGGUGCACUUGUCAAAGUUCACUGAAGAAUUACUGAACUUCUUUAGUAGUGAAUUUAAGAGUAGCCAGAUAAGACUUGGAAGGAAAUGUCAAAGAGCUUUCAAUGGUUUUUGUGCUAACUUUGUGCUGUUACCUGGGUUGCUUCAAAACACAGUGAAUAACUAGGGCUGUUGCUGCCCUUUUGAGGACUUGUGUUCUCUUGUGUCCAUUUAGCAAAUUGAAGUUAUUCAAAAAUUCUGUGUUCAUGACAUCAUUUAAAUGCUGUGGUAAUCUUGGCGGGGAGGAAAAAGACAUCUAGAAGAAUUAAAAGAUAUUCCAUAGCUGUUGGCUGCACUCUGAGGCAUUCAGUUUGCUCUGGGAAGGAGCCCUUAGCCUCUUUUGUAAAUGGUUGUGGCUCUUGUGUCUGUAUUUUUGUAAAACUAGAGCUAAAUUAUGGCUGGCACUGCAUUGUACAUUAACAUGGAGGGUGAUUAAGGGUGCUGGUCUUCCCCAAUUGUGCUCUGAUGUUCUUGCCAUGAGUUGGCUGUAGGAGAUGAGGGAUGAGACAAGAAGUGUUCCCAUGUAGUUUGCCACCACACUUUCUCCUCGUGUUAUGUGUUUGCUUGCAGAGUCAAUGACCCUCCUGAAGAUGAGAUUACUAAUGGCAUGACUGCGUGACUUUUCUUUCAUCUUUCUAUGGUCAGAAGUAUAGUUUUGGCCAUAAAAUAUGGAGCUCAGCAGAGGUGUGCUAAGGCAUCACAUCAGUGCAGGAAAAACUUGGAUAACAUCAUUGCUUGAUUUCUGACAUUAACACUAGGAAUUGGCCUUCCAACUAUCCCUUAGACAAAGUGAUGCCAACCAAGAGCCAGAUUCAUUCUUAUUGUGAAAUACAGUAGUUUUGAUAUGGCUGAGCAGGGAUUGAAUUAAUCAACUUAAUGUCAUCAGUAUUUCAAGCCAGUCUUGCCUUUCUAGUGUGUAUUUUUAGGAGGGUCAGAGUAUAUCCAUAUUUAAAUUAAUGAGUUUUGAGGUUGCCAUAUAAAAAGCACAAUAAACAGUUUGAUGGCUAAUUAUCUAUUUUACAAAAUACUUUCCAUUCCAUUAAGCCUCACAGUGGAAUAUGAAUUUAAGUGAGCUUUUUUUUAGUUUCUUGGAAAGUCUUAGAAUGAGUUUACAAAAAAGAUGUUGAAUUCUAGAACAUGCAAUAUUUGUAGAAGCCUUAACUGAAAUGCCUUUGUGCAUUUCCAUGUCAUUGUUUUUAAUGCAUUUGUGUUAAUGAAAAAUGUUUUCAAAUAUGUUGGUGCCAAAUUCUUGUUUUCAUGUAUAUGAAACAAUUAAAAA